UGCAUUAUGCGCCCCCCCCCAUUUUACAGAUUGGAACUCUGAGGCUCAAUCACUUGCCCAAGAGUUCUAUAUUAGUAGGCAUCAGAGAGGUCAGUUCCAGGGUACUUUCUCCUCAUCCCUAGGCCAUCCAAGCUCCCAAUUAGGUCUUCCUUCCUUUCUUACUUUCUCUCUCUCCUUUCUUUCCUUUCUUCCUUCUUUCCUUCCUUUUUCUCUCCCCUCCCUGCCCCAUCUCUCUGUCUGUCUUUCACUAAUUUUCUUAACCUUUACUGUGCAGCUGGUGUGUCUAGGCCCUAAGAAUAAGUUUACAACUAGGCUGAAGGGAGGGGAGUGGGCUUAGAUGUGAAGGUCGCUGAAGAGAGUGAUGAGCGUUCUUCGGGCAUACGGACCAGGGUGGGGGAAGAGAUGACAAGUUUUGUCCAGUCAGCUCCUGCAAGACCCCCUCUUUGAGAAGGCAGUGGAACACAGGGUCUUAGUAUCUUUACCACACCCUCCGGCGGGGAGAGAACACGCCUAGGGGAAGAGAUGGCAUAUACAGAAGUCUGCAGGCCUGAGGAUGACUGAAGAUUCAGAGGGAGGAGCUGGAGAAGAGGUAGGGAGAGCCCUCGCCGGCCUCAGCACACCGGUACCCUCUCUCCCUCCCUCCCUUCCUCUGCAACUAUGGUCUGGAAGAAACUGGGCUCUGGCAACUUCUCCAACUGCCCCAACGGCUCCCGCCAGUGGAUAUGGGACGUGUUUGGCGAGUGUGCCCAGGACGGCUGGGACGAGGCCAGCGUGGGCCUGGGCUUGAUCUCCAUUCUCUGCUUCGCUGCAUCCACCUUCCCUAUAUCAAGGCCUGCAAGACGGGCAACAUGGACCAGGCCCUGUCCCUGUGGUUCCUCCUGGGCUGGAUCGGUGGAGACUCCUGCAAUCUCAUUGGCUCCUUCCUGGCUGACCAGCUGCCCCUGCAGCGCCCUGCGCCCCCCGCGUCUCUUGCAGACCUACACAGCCAUGUAUUAUGUCCUGGCCGACCUGCUGAUGCUGUCCCUGUACUUCCAUUACAAGUUCAAGAAACGCCCCUCUCAGUGGUCUGCCCCCAUCAAUUCUGUGCUCUUGUUCAUCUUGGGGGUGGCUUGUGCCACCCCACUGCUGAGCAGCACCAGCUCUGUGGCUGCCCCGAGAGAGGUCUUCCGGGGACGGACGCUCCUGUCCGUGGAACCGGGCAAUAAGCCCUUCACAAAGCAAGAGGUCAUCGGCUUUGUCAUCGGCUCCAUCUCCAGCGUGCUGUACCUGUUCUCCCGGCUGCCUCAGAUCCGCACCAACUUCCUUCGGAAGUCGACCCAGGGGAUCUCCUACUCGCUGUUCGCCCUGGUGAUGCUGGGGAACACGCUGUACGGGCUGAGCGUGCUGCUCAAGAACCCCGAGGUGGGCCAGAGCGAGGGCAGCUACCUGCUGCACCACCUGCCCUGGCUCGUGGGCAGCCUGGGCGUCCUGCUGCUCGACACCGUCAUCUCCAUACAGUUCCUGCUGUACCGGGAUGUGGCCACCUCCUCAGAGCGCCAGUCACUCCUCCCCAGCUGACCAGGACCCAGGCCCAGCCCAGGAUGACAGGGACCUCCAGAUGCCACACUCAGGAAGGGAGAAGUCUGGGCAGUGAUGGUGCCCUUGGACUGAGCUGUGGAGGAAGCCAGGGGGCCUAGAAGUCCAGCCCAGCCCCUCCCCGCAACACCUCCGAAAGCUUGGAGCUGCCUCUUCGAGAAGCCCUGACUGAUUGCCUCUUCCUGGAGCAGGACGACCCUCUCUGGGGACUCGCCUCUCAGGGUCUGAGCAUCUGUCCCUGGGAGCCUAAUGCAGGGGCUGCCGCCGAGACCUCGCCUCUCGGGGGACAGAACGGCCGCCCUUGGCUCACCUACCUCACUCUGCCCGCUCAGCCCCGGGGAGGGCCCCGCUCCGCCUGGUGCGGCCAGGACUGUCCUAGUAAAUGCCUGUUCUC